AUGACCGCCAACCCCGAGCCCGAAAUUGUGCUGUACGACUUGGCCUGCAACCAGAAUGUCUGCUUCUCGCCCGUGGUCUGGCGCAUCCGCCUCAUGCUCAACUAUAAGCAUGUCCCGUAUAAGACCAUCUUUCUAGAAUUUCCAGACAUCGAGCCAACGCUUAAAGGCCUCGGUGUGGAACCUAGCAAGCCGGCCAUCAAAUACACAGUCCCCACCAUCCUACACGUGCCAAGCAACACAUACAUGAUGGACUCAGUGCCCAUCUCACAGUUCAUCGAGUCAACCUACCCCGAUCCGCCGGUCCCACUAACCUCCGAGCUGGGCCACGAGAUCGAAACCAAAGCCCGCACCGUCAUCUCCCCGGCAUUCCGCAACUCGGUGCUGCCGCGCGAGAUCAACAUCAUCUCGCCGCGCGCACAGGAGUAUUUCCGACGCGCGCGCGAGGCUGAGCUGGGACACCCGAUUGAGGACCUGCUCGACACCGACGAGGAGGAGCAGGCUUGGAGUGCUGUUCGUGAGGACAUGCGCGCACUUGGGGAGCUGAUGAUGACGCAUAAGGCUGAUGGGCCUUUUAUCCUCGGUGCGAGACCCAGUUAUGCUGAUUUCUUCAUCGCGGGGACUCUGCAGUUUAGUAGGGUUGUUGAUGAGGGUUUGUUUCAGAGAUUUAUGGCAUUCCCUGGGUUUAAGGAUGUUUAUGAGGCUUGUGUGCCUUUUAUGGCGAGGAAAGAUUGA